AUGCGACUUUAUCAUUUGUAAUAUGAAAUUCGUAGAAAGCUGGGAACCAGAAUUUCCGGCAGUUUCCGUAAAAUCAGUGAACCAUGAACGGUGUUUUAGUAAAAAAGUACCCAACGAAUUUGCCUCCGUAACAGAUUCAGGGAGAUUUGAGUAAUGUAAAUUGAACAACUUCCCUCAAAUUAAAAUUAAGUGAAAAUACUAGAAAACAUUUUUGUAUAAAGCAACAGAGAAUAAGCACAAUUAGAAUAACAGUAACCAGAGAUGACAACGAUACAGCACAGAAGCGGUCAUCGCUACAACAAAGAAAAGUGGAAUUUGACGAUCUGCACACACACAUUCUACCGGUAUUUCUGUUGGAGACGUCUACAGUAUUUAGCAGGUAUGAGCCAACAGUUGAGAGCGGCUGCUCUGUUACGUCAGGCUGCUGACCUGUUAAAUGUUGAUACCAGCUCAUCAGGACCAGUAUCAACAACUAUCAGUACUACCGGUUCCAGAGCAAGUUUUGCACCACUCUGCUCAUCAGUACCGAUAACAACAACUACCAACACUGCUAGUGCUGUCAGAGCAAUUUUUGCGCCAUACAGAAGGGCAGUCAACCGACGAGGUGGACGUGCACAUGCAGAGGCUGCUGCUGCAGUGUCCCACUGGACACACAAGUUUUCCAUUAUUCCAAGGUGUACUGAUGAGACUGUUCCAAGUCGUCAGGAAAAGUACAGAUUACACCAUGCUGGACUGGGUGAAAAAAGAAUAACAUUUGUAAAAAGUACAAGUAAGAAUGAUUUUGAGAAUACUCUUGAAGAAGCAUAUCCAAAACUUAGAGAUUGUGGAGGCUUUGAGCUUUUGAGGACGCCACCGGGAAGCCGCGUUGCUCUGGAAAGUAUCCUGAUGCCAGCAGGCGGAUACACAUCUGCCUACCUCGCAGAUGAGAGCGCUUUAGGACAAGCGAUGUGCUACAUUCGACCGAUUCAAAAGGAUCUGGAUACAGAAAAAAUGAGGACUGAGCUGAGUGAGCCUUGCCAGGAAUGUUUGACAUGUGGGGAUAUGAUUCCAAUUAAUGUGCUACGGGAGCAUGUAGAGGUGUGCAGUUGUAUAGAUGAUGUGGAUACUUCAGCAGAAGGUAAAGCCAAACGAAGAAAAGUGUCUUCAGACAAACCAAUAUGUGGUUUUGCUUGUAAGCAGGGUAACCAUUCAGCAGACCAAGACAUUGAACAGAAAGAGCCUGGUGUAUGCCCAGUCUGUGGAAAGUUUAUUCCAAUGGAACUGCUGCCAGCGCAUGCUGAUUUGUGUUGCCAGUCAGAUGAAGUAUGCAAGUCAGUGGAAGCUGCUCAUAAAGAUGCAUUUGAGUUACCGUCUUUUGAGGAUUAUCUGUCAUCAAAGAUUCUAGACGAGGAGAAGGUCUGGGACAUAUCUGUGGUACGAAGGAUGCUUGUGCAGCAAGCCAUGGUGGAGAUGGAGCAGGCACCAGAGGAGGAAUGGAAAAGGAAACUCAGUGUGACCUUUAUAGGUGAAGAGGGUCUAGAUGCUGGAGGGCUGACUAGAGAAUUCCUUACUAUUCUGUAUGAGAAAUCACCCGUCUUCGAAAACAGUGUGUUAAGUUUUGAUGCUCAGCUUCUCUACAAAAGGCACUACUUCUUCAUGGGACAAAUGGUAGUUAUGGGUAUUUUGAGUGGCCAUCCUGGUCCAAGGAACCUCCUGAACCAUGUUGUUGACUUCAUUGUUAGUGGGAAAACUGGAGAACUGUCAGAUAUACCAGUUGAUAAGAUGGAAAGAUUGGAUGCCGUUUCAGCAAUAAAAGAGAUUUCUGAUUGUGCUGAUUGCAAUGUGGUUGAGAAAUAUGGCGAUCUGCUUGAGGCCUGUGGUUUCAGGCAACUUGUUACCACAGAAAACCGAAAAGAUGCUGUUUCUGCCAUUAAAAAUUAUUACCUCCUUAACAGAUUUAUUCCGAGUUUACUACAGUUCAUGGAAGGUCUAAAACUUCACAACCUUCUUGAGAUGUUCAAGAAAUACCCUGGACAGGCAUGCACUUUCCUGUUGAAGACUGACCAUGUUGAAAGCCUAAAGGUGAAAGAGUUCUUCAAGCCUGUUUAUUCUCAAAUUCAAGCAGAAAAAGAGGCUGAAGAAGUUGUGAUAUUCAACUUCCACCAGUUCUUGAAGAAACUUGAACGAGGGAAGGUUUUGUGCACAAGGAUAGAUGUGGACACUGAUACCUCAACUGAUGAGGUUCUUGAUAUGGGAAACCUGAUGCAAGCACUUAUUGGUUGUCCAGCUUUUCCAAGCAGCAUCACAGAGGGAAUAAUUACAUUUGACCACAACAGUGAUCAACUUACCACUAUAAACACUUGUGCUCCAUCCAUCAAUUUCAGCAAGUUAUCAGAGAUCAAGGAUUAUUCCUCUUUUGAAGAACUGAUGAAAUAUAUCAUUGUUGGUUCUUAUGGUUUUGGACGAGAAUAAGUGUUCAUGGUGGACUGUAAUUAUUAUAGCGAUCCAUUACUGACAGAGUUAAAGAGGACAAGUACCCCUUGAUUAAAGCCAAAUAUUCAAAUAUAAACGUUGGAGGAGCAAUUUAUCGAUAAAAUGGGCUUGAGAUACCUAUAUUUUAAUGAUUGAGAUUUUCAAACUAUUCAACUUUGACCAAGGUCAUGUGAUGUAAACACUGGAAGCAUGCUUGUUGUAAUAUCUGCCUAUGAGUGGAAUGUUCUGAAAAGUAAACUUUAUUAUGUCUCCAGUUCUUUCAUUACCUUUUCUCUUAUGUGGUUAUUAUUAAAACUUAUUAUCCCCUUGCUGAAGGCAGAGGGAUAUUGUUUGGCGUUGUCCGUCCAUCACACUUUGUCGGGAGCCAUUUCUAAGUAAACAAGCAAAAUGCGUAGAAUUGAUUUCCCCUGCCGAAUGAUGUUGACUAUAACUGAACCCAAAAUUGAAACUAAAAUUCAUUAAUAAAGAGCCAAAAUUCACUCAUAAUUAUACAGGUGGAUGGGAGGUUUGAAAUGAAAAAUAAUCAAAGCACCGACAGUACUGGUGGGGCGAUAGCUUCAAAAGAUGAAAUGUAGACUUUUACGUGUGAACUUGCCCUAACUGUUCCAUGUGAGCUUGGCCUAACUGUUCCGUGUGAACUUGCCCUUACCGUUUUUGUUCUGUGUGAACUUGCUCUAACUGUUCCAUGUGAGCUUAGCCUAACUGUUCCGUGUGAACUUGCACUAACUGUUCCGUGUAAACUUGCACGAACUGUUCCGUGUGAACUUGCCCUAAUUUUUCCGUGUGAACUUGCCCUCACCAUUCCUUAAAUGACGGACAUCAUCAAAGUAUGUUGAUUCACAUUUAUUAAGUUCCAUGAAAUUCUACCAGCUUGUUACUGAGAAAUGGCUGCAGACGUGGAUUUUUCAUUAAAUCAAGGGCAAUA